AUGGGCAACGCGGGGAGCGUGGACUCGCAGCAAACGGAGUUCAGGGCGCACAGCGUACCUCUCAAGCUGCCCAUGCCCGAACCUGGUGAGCUGGAGGAGCGCUUCGCAGUGGUCCUGAAUGCGAUGAACUUGCCGCCUGACAAAGCCCGGCUUCUGCGGCAGUAUGACAAUGAGAAGAAGUGGGAGCUGAUCUGUGACCAGGAAAGAUUUCAGGUGAAAAAUCCUCCGCACACAUACAUCCAGAAGUUGAAGGGCUAUCUGGAUCCAGCUGUAACCAGGAAGAAAUUCAGAAGACGAGUCCAAGAGUCUACUCAAGUACUCCGAGAACUGGAAAUUUCUUUAAGAACAAAUCACAUCGGAUGGGUCAGGGAGUUCCUGAAUGAAGAAAACAAAGGCCUGGAUGUUCUGGUGGAGUACUUGUCAUUUGCACAGUAUGCAGUCACGUUUGACUUUGAAAGUUUGGAGAACAAUGUGGAAAACUCAAUGGACAAGUCCAAACCUUGGAGCCGAUCUAUUGAGGACCUGCACAGAGGCAGUAAUUUACCCUCACCAGUUGGCAACAGCGUUUCCCGUUCUGGCAGACACUCGACUUUACGGUAUAACACCUUGCCAAGCCGAAGAACACUAAAAAAUUCCAGAUUAGUGAGUAAAAAAGAUGAUGUUCAUGUCUGCAUCAUGUGUUUACGGGCCAUAAUGAAUUACCAGUAUGGAUUCAAUAUGGUCAUGUCACAUCCACAUGCCGUUAAUGAAAUUGCACUAAGUUUGAACAACAAGAAUCCCAGGACAAAGGCCCUUGUCUUAGAACUUCUAGCAGCUGUUUGCCUCGUCAGAGGAGGACAUGAAAUCAUUUUAUCUGCGUUCGAUAACUUUAAGGAGGUGUGUGGAGAGAAACAGCGCUUUGAGAAGCUGAUGGAGCACUUCCGAAAUGAAGACAACAAUAUAGACUUCAUGGUGGCCUGCAUGCAGUUCAUCAACAUCGUUGUCCACUCAGUGGAGGACAUGAACUUCAGAGUCCACCUGCAGUACGAAUUUACAAAGCUUGGCCUGGAUGAGUACUUGGAUAAGCUGAAACACACGGAGAGUGACAAACUGCAGGUGCAAAUUCAAGCUUACUUGGAUAACGUUUUUGAUGUAGGAGCUUUACUAGAGGAUGCUGAAACCAAGAAUGCAGCCCUGGAAAGAGUUGAAGAACUGGAAGAAAACAUUUCCCAUUUAUCUGAAAAACUCCAAGAUACGGAGAAUGAAGCCAUGGCAAAGAUUGUGGAACUGGAAAAACAGCUUAUGCAAAGAAACAAAGAACUGGAUGUGAUUCGGGAAAUCUACAAAGAUGCAAAUACCCAGGUUCAUACCUUGAGAAAAAUGGUGAAAGAAAAAGAAGAAGCCAUUCAGCGACAGUCAACACUGGAGAAAAAGAUCCAUGAACUGGAGAAGCAGGGAACCAUUAAGAUCCAAAAGAAAGGUGAUGGUGACAUCUCUAUCCUUCCUGUUGCUCUGGCCUCAGGGAUGGUGCCAGCAGGGUCAGAGGCUGGGUCUGGAACGUGUGUUGCACCAGUUGCUGGAGCUACAUCUUCAGUACCGUUGCCACCACCUCCACCACCAUUACCCCCCAUAACAGCGGCAUCUGAGGCAGUGCAAAAUGGUCCUGUGUCAGUGCUGAUGCCACCUCCACCACCACCUCCACCACCGCCUCCACCACCACCACCACCUCCUCUCCCAGGUCCCGCUUUGGAGACAGCUCCCGCAGCUCUGCUGCCUCCACCACCCCCGCCAUCAGCACCCCCGCUGCCUGGGACAGCCUCUCCCACCGUGGUGUUCAACUCAGGACUUGCAGCUGUGAAAAUCAAGAAGCCAAUCAAGACCAAAUUCCGCAUGCCAGUGUUCAACUGGGUCGCCCUGAAACCCAACCAGAUUAAUGGGACGGUCUUCAAUGAAAUAGAUGACGAAAGGAUCCUGGAGGAUUUAAAUGUGGAUGAAUUUGAAGAAAUAUUUAAAACAAAAGCCCAGGGUCCAGCCAUUGAUCUUACUUCAAGCAAGCAAAAGAUAACUCAGAAAGGGUCAAACAAAGUCACAUUACUGGAUGCCAACAGGGCGAAAAAUCUCGCUAUUACUUUAAGAAAAGCUGGAAAGACAGCAGAUGAAAUAUGCAAAGCUAUUCACGUGUUUGACCUGAAAACGUUGCCGGUGGAUUUUGUUGAAUGCCUCAUGCGGUUCCUGCCCACUGAGAACGAAGUGAAAGUGUUGCGGCUCUACGAGCGGGAAAGGAAACCCAUCGAGAACCUGUCUGACGAAGACCGGUUCAUGAUGCAGUUCAGCAAGAUUGAGAGGCUGAUGCAGAAGAUGACCAUCAUGGCGUUUAUAGGCAACUUUGCAGAAAGCAUCCAGAUGCUGACUCCACAACUUCAUGCAAUAAUAGCUGCAUCUGUCUCCAUAAAGUCAUCCCAAAAGCUUAAGAAAAUACUGGAGAUAAUCUUGGCUCUUGGAAACUACAUGAAUAGCAGUAAACGAGGAGCUGUGUAUGGAUUUAAACUACAGAGUUUAGAUCUGCUCCUAGAAACAAAGUCAACAGACCGAAAGCAGACUCUGCUGCACUAUAUUUCUAAUGUGGUCAAGGAGAAGUACCAACAUGUAUCCCUCUUUUACAAUGAACUUCAUUACGUGGAGAAGGCUGCUGCAGUGUCUCUUGAAAAUGUCCUCUUGGAUGUGAAGGAGCUGCAGAGGGGCCUGGAUCUGACAAAGCGUGAGUACACCAUGCAUGACCACAACACGAUGCUGAAGGAGUUCAUUCAGAACAAUGAAGGGAAGCUAAAGAAACUGCAGGAUGACGCCAAAAUAGCCCAGGAUGCUUUUGAUGAUGCUGUGAAGUAUUUCGGGGAGAAUCCCAAGACGACACCCCCCUCUGUCUUUUUCCCAGUGUUUGUCCGGUUUGUGAAGGCCUACAAGCAAGCAGAAGAAGAGAAUGAAUUGAGAAAAAAGCAAGAACAGGCCUUAAUGGAAAAACUUAUGGAGCAGGAAGCUUUGAUGGAACAACAGGACCAAAAGUCUCCUUCGCAUAAAACAAAGAGACAGCAGCAAGAGCUGAUUGCAGAGCUCAGGCGGCGGCAAGUCAAGGAUAACAGACAUGUAUAUGAAGGGAAGGAUGGUGCUAUUGAAGAUAUUAUAACAGCCCUAAAGAAGAAUAAUAUCACUAAAUUUCCAAAUGUUCACUCGAGGGUAAGGAUUUCUUCUAGCACACCGGUGGUGGAGGAUACACAGAGCUGAUCUUAGAAACCAACCGUACCGACGGGCCGACGCGGUGAGGAGAAGCGUCAGGCGGCGCUUCGAUGAUCAGAACUUGCGCUCUGCAAACGGUGCUGAAAUAACCAUGUGAGCUGGAGGCCUGCAGGUGUCAAGGAAAGGGGGUGCUUGCAUGAUACCUUGUCCGUGUCAGCUCUAUGUUCUGCCACUCAUUUACAGCCUGGGGAAUGGUAAAAUUUACUUUCUAAAGGGCUCAAAGACCUAGAAAAUGCAUAGGAACGUCAGCAAUGGGCUCUCAACUCAACUGUAGCUAACAAGUGCCUAAAGUACCUGCUCAAAUUAAUCAAAGCAAUAGGACUUGAUUUGAUUGGGUAUCUUUUUACACCAAUACAUUAUUCAGUAUUUUUAACCAAAAUGUAAAAUACCGUGUUGGUUUGGGUGUUUAGUUUGGUUUGGUUAUAUAAAAGUUUAGUGACUGGUCUCUUGUGGACCUGACCUGCAUCCUGACUGGUUGUAAACAGGGAAUACCUGGACUUGCUCUGCUUUUCAGUGCAUUCCUGUGCUGUCCACCAAGGGGUUAACUUUGGCUUCAGCCACACUUACUGGCUUUUUCCUUUUUAUCAGAAAAAAAAAACCCAAACAAAACCCAACAUUAACAAAACAAGGGAAGACAUUUAAGGGCUUUCUAUAGGUAAUAUGGAAUUAGUUCCUGGAAGAGACCCGUACCUUUUCCUGCCAUCCAGAGUGUGUACCACUGUAGCGAGGCUGUGCUACCCUGUACACCAGUGAGCAUCGGGUGUGCAACAAAUGGAGACAAAUUUUCACUUUGCAGCUGCAGUAGUUAGGGUGUGCAGCGCGGGGCUGAGGCCAUGGCAGUGCUGGGGGCGAAUGCACAGGGGGAGGAGGGUGGCAAAGGCUCUCCAGCUAGCAUCAGCUUUGGAAUAACAGUGUAUUUAUUAAUUAGCACUACGGUAUUAACAUCUCAGUAAUCAGUAUUAGGGUUCUGAGGACCGUCAUGGUUCAGUUCCUUGUGCAGAGAACCAUCCUCUUCCCUGCCCUGUCGGAUUAGCACCCUGCUCCAAUGCAAAGUUCCUUGGACAAUCUGGUUCAAAUUCCAGAUCAUUGGUCAGCAAAGGAAAGCCCAGCCUAAAAAUCCGGUUAGGUUGUAGGUUCUACAUUGCUUUUUAAAGGUAGAAGGGACAUGAGAGUGACUGUAGCCACAUGCUGCCCCCCCGCACUGCUGGUCUGCACCAGAAUCCCCGAGCAGCAAGAUGAAGCCGAGCUCGUGCUGGCAGGGCAUGCGAUCUUCUCACACGUACAGAACUGGACUGAACUGAACUUCCCGAGAUACGUUUUGCUUACAGCUUACCUUGCCUGGUCUCAUUGCAUCAAUAUGUUAAUUGUAAAAUUUAUUGUAUAGUAUUUAACCACUGAAUUUCUUUUUCUUUUACGUUGUGCUUAUGUGAACCACUGGUGAAGGUCCCAUUUGUUUUCUUGGAUAAUGUGUAGUUAUAUGAUAAUCUGUUUUUAAAUGUACAGAUAUUUUGCUACAAAAUUGGUGCAGUUUUGUAUGGUUUUUACACUUCUCUUUUAUUCCCACUUUAGCCUCUGGGUAAUACUGUAAAUAUUGUUUAAAAAGAAAUGCAUCAGCCUGUGCUAUACAAUCUGAAUGUUAUUUUAACUUAUAGUUUUUGGUUUUAUAUUUAACUAAAUGGACAGUUUGGAGCUCAAAGUUACCACAUUGACCUCUGCUUACCUAUUUACAGGAAGUUUACUUUAAAAACUGCCACCUUCUUGCAUUUACAGCAACGUGUACUUGACAAGCUAAAGAGAACAUGCCAAUCCCACCUCCUUCUUCACGGGCAGUGACAGAAGAGUAUUUUAAUCUGCAUAAGAAAAUUUGACCAUUAAUUUAAUCAAUUGUUAGACAAAGGGUUAAAAGCACUUGCUCUCACAGGCUUAAGCUCAAAGGUCCUUUUUUAAUGGAAAGCAAAAAUUAUUAUACAACUAGAAUACAAUGCUGGCAUGUUCUCUUUAAUAUUUUUCUAGUAAUAGACCUGCUUCUUAGCAAUAUUAGAAAUGUUUUAUAAAAGCAGUUCAUGUUACUUUCCUGGUCUGUUCCUGGCAUAAGAUCAAAUAAACUAUUUACACUACUACACA